AAUCAUUGACUCGUGACAGUCUGUGCAUCGAGAUAAAUUCAGUAUCAACAUUUUAUGGAACAAGUGAUAUCACUGCGAUAAAAAUUGUACACCUUUAUAAACAUGGCGGAAAUAGCUCACGAGAACGCAUAUGAUAAUCCAAAUUUGGGAGCACCACCCCCUGGUCAAGUGCCCCCACCCAUCCUACCAGAUGAGUUGCCACCACCAUACACCCCCACCCCACAAGGUGGGAUCCCCAUGAUCAACUGUAAAGUCUGUCAGGCGUUGAUCAAUGUGGAGGGAAAACAGAACCAACAUGUUGUCAAGUGUUCUGUUUGCAAUGAAGCCACUCCAAUCAAGGGACCACCCCCAGGGAAGAGAUACAUACGAUGCCCCUGUAAUUGUCUGUUGAUUUGUAAUAGUACAGCAGCCAGGAUAGCCUGUCCAAGACAAAGCUGUAAGAGAAUCAUCAACCUAGGCGGCCCUACUCAAGUUAUUGUUCGAAGCCCAGGAUCUGAGAGGUUCAUCUGUGCAUACUGCUCUCAGAUAUUUGUCUUCAGUACACUUGGGUGGAGCCAGCUGUCUCGCUGCCCACACUGCAGUAGAGUGUCCUCUUGUGACAGUGCAUAUACAAGAACUCGCUGUGUGAUAUACCUCAUUCUGGGGAUUAUUUUCCUUGGAGCUGGAAUUGGUGUAACUGUUGGAACCUAUGAGAUUGCACGAGGUUCGGGGGGUAUCUACACUGUGUGGAUAGGGGCUUUUGUGAUUGGUAUAUUGUUUCUGAUAAGAGCCGCCUACAUUGGGUCAAUCAGGGUCAGCCAGCGAGCUCCUCCCCGCUAACAUCACCAUGGAAACUAAGAUGGCGCUCAGUGAUUCAAACAGAGGCCACAAUCAUUUGUCUCUUCUCUCUCUCUUUUUUAAACUAUAGAGAGUUAUGAAUGUACAUUUGUGUAAAUAUUAGAUAUCUGCCAUAUAAAUGCAUGUGUACCGGUAUAUGUGUAGAAAAUUUUAAAAGUAUUUUACUGUUUAUGAAAUGUCACAAAUGUCAUCGAUAUUCUCUUUAAAAAUCUUUUUCAAGUGUACUUUAGACACUAUGGAAAAUUAUUGAAUUUAAGUGAAUGUAUUGA